AAGCUCCGCCCAGGGGUGUAUUCUUGUAAGGUGUGACACACUUUGAAUUGGAUACAAACCGGAGCUGACAGAGAGACACUAUCACUGCUCAUCACCUCAUCAGAGGAGCAAGCGGAUCAUCAGAAGGUCAACUCUUCCACCAGUCCCAGGAUGACGCACCAGUUCCCAGCUCUCUCCGAGGCCCAGAAGAGGGAGCUCCAUGAGACGGCUCUACGCAUAGUUUCUCCAGGGAAGGGCAUCCUGGCUGCAGAUGAGUCUGUGGGCAGCAUGGCCAAGCGGCUGGCCCAGGUUGGGGUGGAGAACACAGAGGAAAACCGCAGGCAGUUCCGUCAGAUCCUCUUCAGUGCGGAUGAUCGCAUCAACAGCUGCAUUGGAGGAGUCAUCUUCUUCCAUGAGACCCUCUACCAGCACUCUGAUAAUGGCGUUCCCUUUGUGAAAAUGAUCAGGGACAGGGGGAUCCUGGUUGGGGUCAAGGUUGACAAAGGUGUCGUUCCUCUGGCGGGAACAUGCGGGGAAACCACCACGCAAGGUCUGGAUGGUUUGGCGGAGCGCUGUGCGCAGUAUAAAAAGGAUGGAGCUGUGUUUGCAAAGUGGCGUUGCGUGCUCAAAAUCAGUGACUCCAAUCCAUCAAAACUGGCAAUCACAGAAAAUGCAAAUGUUCUUGCGCGCUGCUCGAGCAUCUGCCAGCAGAAUGGCAUUGUGCCCGUCAUUGAGCCAGAGAUUUUACCUGAUGGUGAUCACGACCUGAAACGGUGCCAGUACGUCACAGAGAAGGUCCUGGCUGCAGUGUACAAAGCCAUGUCAGACCACCAUGUCUAUCUGGAAGGCUCUCUGCUCAAACCCAACAUGGUCACUCCUGGACACAGCUGCCCCACCAAGUACAGCCCAGAGGAGGUGGCAAUGGCAUCUGUCACCGCCAUGCGCCGCACCGUUCCCCCGGCCGUACCGGGGAUUUGCUUCCUGUCUGGAGGUCAGAGUGAAGAAGAGGCCUCUGUCCACCUGAACGCCAUCAACAACUGCCCUCUGGCCAAGCCCUGGGUCCUGACGUUCUCGUUCGGCCGGGCCCUGCAGGCGUCGGCCCUUAGAGCCUGGAGAGGACACAAGGAGAACGAAAAAACAGCCACGGAGCAGUUUGUUAAGCGAGCAGAGGUGAACAGUUUGGCAUGUCAGGGGAAAUACAGCGGCGGUGAUAACUACGGCGAAGCCGGCCAUCGCAUCUUCGGCUCCUGCCAUGCUUACUGAACAAAGACAUAAUUUUUAAGCUUUAUGUUUUAUUUAUUAUGCUAUAUCCCCAGUCAAUAGUACAGUAGAGACUUAGACUAGAUGAAAUAGGCGAUGUGUGAAUAUGUUGAAUGAAAACAGCUGACUGUUUUAUUGGGAUGUUUAAUGAAGACAAUCAGGAAUGUAAUCAGGACUUCUCAUGUCUGAAGGAAAUGUCUACUUCCUCUGCAUAAUGUGUGUGUAAAGUAAUGCAGUGCUCAAACAGUCAAUUCUUUAAUCCUAUGAGAAUAUUGACCUGAUAGCACGGACUACAGUUUACAUCAAAUGGUGUCAGUUGCUAAUUAUGUGAUCAAACGGAUGAAUCUCUUCAUCCCCUUGUCUGAAAAUCUCUAUUGCUUCUCUGAGUUGAAUGAACCUGCUUUGCUUAGCGUUUAGCACUGGUUGUUCAGAGGUAAAAACAAUAACGCCUGGCAUUAGCUUUGAGCUAACGAGCCCCUGCGCUCCCUGCUGACCUCUGAAUGCAUCAGGCUCUCAGUCAUAGGAAUAUGACUCUGUACAAUAAACAUCAAAUGCAAUAAAAAUGCUUGUCGGUUGAA